AUGUUCAAGAAACUGAAGAGCAAGCUUCAUCGUCACAGAAGCAAAGGGAAAAAGGAUGAACCCAACAGGCCUGUGAGUCGAAAUCGCAAUCUCGUAUUUGAUCAACUCCGAACUGACUCUCAUCCCGCAAAGGCUGAAAGUGAGCGCAAGGACGUGAGCGAUGCCCCAGCUCCAACACCGGCGCCGGCGCCCGCCCCCGUUUCAGCCCAGACCAAAGCUCCUGCAGCUCCUGUCCCGGCUACCCCGGCUCCUUCGGCUACAGCCACGCCGGCGGCUGAGGAAGUGCCCAACGAGUCCAAGAACACACCCGAUAGCACCCAGGCGUCUGAAAAGGCAGAAGCGCCUGCCAAGGAUCUUUGGGAGAUCGCUCUUAAGCAGCUGCCUCCGGCCAAGCAAGAGAAGCUGAAGAGCCUGGGGCUGGACAAGCUCAGUUCUGGCUCCGUUGAGUCGGAGAUUGAGGAUCUAGUGGGGCUGGUGAACCAGAAACAAGCGGAAUGCGAAAAGAAGUUCUGGCGGGUAUCAAUCGGAGAUAAUGAUAUCGUCCUCCGAAACUACACUACCAAGAUCGUCGGAUGGCUGGAGAAGGCGGGCGAUAUUGCCAUUCAGUUUGCCCCACCUCAAGCUAGUAUGCCAUGGUCUGUGAUCAAGUCUUUGAUGCAAAUUCCCGUGAUUGGCGAAGAACAGAUGGGAGCGCUUCUCGGCACAACCGAGAGUAUCGUUCGCAUUGUUAGUCGCGGUCAGGUAUACGAGCAGGUCUAUCUCGUCAACAGCACUGAAGACGGUGGCAAGCUUUCACAAGGUCUUGAGGGGGCGCUUAUCGGCAUCUACCGUACCUCUCUCGAUCUCUUGGCCGAUUCGGGCAGCUUGUUCUCACAGAACACAGCUAGACGGACCCUCGAGGCAAUCUUGAACCCGGGUAAUGUCUCCGGUGGUCUUUCGUCGCUCGCUGCACAGGAAGAUGAAUUACUGCGUGAUGUCCAGGCCUGUGAGACUCGCCGUAGUGCUGCAGCCGACGACCGAAUGAUCGGAAUGCUGGACUGUCUCAAUGCUCCAUUGGUUCGUGUGGACGAGAAUGUGCAGAAGCUGCUUGACAAAACAGACGAAGACGAGCGGAUGGCGCUUUUGCAGAAGAUUUCGCCCCUCCAAUUUGGAAAGCACCAUGACAAUGUGAGGGAGACAAGGACUCCCGGCACUGGUGAAUGGUUGUUGCAAGAUGGAAGUUUCCGCCAAUGGGAAGAAAGUACUUCCUCAGGCAUUUUCUGGCUUCAGGGAUCUCCUGGUACCGGGAAAACAUACCUCACAUCCAGAGUCGUUGAUCUCAUCAAGAGCGAGCUUGAAGAUCUGCCGAGAAAUGAGGGAUUUGCAUACUUCUACUGUAACCGCAACGAGAAGGACCGGGGCGACUCGCUUGCCAUUAUUCGGAGCUAUGUGCGCCAGCUCUCAACUUCGGCCAAUAACCCCCAGUCGAUGCAGAUCAAGCUGAAGGAGCUAUGCAAAAAGGCCGAGGAGUCGGGGACCACUCUCAGCUUUGACACAUGUCAGGAGCAAAUCUUGACCUCGUUGAAUCUUUACACAAAGACUACACUUGUCAUCGACGCAUUUGAUGAGUGUGAUCAAGAUUCUCGUGACAAGUUGAUCGAGAUGUUCAACUGCUUGCUAGCGGAUUCAGAGAACACUCUCAAAAUUUACAUCGCUAGUCGGCCUGAUCCUGAUGUUGAACUUCAGCUUCAAGAACAAGGCAGGACUGGUGUGGCCAUCCAAGCUAGCCAUAAUGCUUCCGAUGUCCAGCGCUUCCUUGACCAGCAGCUGGAUAAGCUCGCUAAGAAAGCUGUCUUCAUCGGUCGCAUGAAGGGCAAAAUUGUCGAGAGACUCCUCGAACGCUGCCAGGGAAUGUUUCAAUGGGCGUCCCUGCAGGUCCACCAAAUCACCCGAUGCAGAACAGAGUCAAGUGUAUGGAAACGAUUGGACAAUCUGCCCGAGGAUCUUCAAAAAGCCUACGAUGAGAUCUGGGGUGAGAUCGAGAGCCUGGAAGAGCCCGACAGCAUCUUUGUCAAACGAGCCUUCAAAUGGGUCAUGGCUGCAAAUGUGCCUCUGCGCAGCGAUAUCCUUCUAUCGGCCAUCCGCGUCGGCGCCCAAGAUGAAGGCGGAAUCUCAUCGGAUGAAAUCGACGAACAAGGCUUACUUUCCUUGUGCGGAAACUUCCUCGUCAUUGACCCUGAAUCGAAUUGGCGCUUCUCGCAUCUCUCGGUUGUUGAAUAUUUGGAAACUGGGCAUAAUUGGAGCGCACCACAAGCGCACAACCACGUUGCAACUGCUUGCCUUUCUUUCUUAAUUUCGGCUUAUGAACAGGAAGAUCCACCAGAUUUGGUGAAGGGAUUCUUCGCUGAUGAUGACGAGGUGGACGAGGAAACAUAUGAGAGAAAGUACUCAUUCCAUUUGUACGCGAAACACAAUUGGGUUAUUCACGUUCAUGCUGCAAAGGCAGCAGAGGAUAGUGAACUUGCUUCGCAUUUGAAAACCUUCCUUGGCUCACCACAGGAAUGUAGUGCGCAAUACAAGAGGUGGGUCGAGCAAAUUGAACGGGAUGGCGAUGGCGACGAAUUUGCCAGGGAUACCUCGGCGUUCCAGAUUUCAGGAUUUGAUAAAAACGACAUCGCUCUUCGGGAGAUUGAUGACUCGUUUUCUGCGGCAUUCGAAUGGUGCAGUGAGCUUAACCCAGCCGAUCGCCCUGUGUUUGCAAUGUGUCGGUUUGCGUUCGACGUCAUCUUGUCAGAAUGGUGGGAGAGUCCAUCCAUCGAUGUGUCCGAAACAAACGCGCAAGGUCACGAUCUUCUUACGGUCGCCGCAAUUGCAGGAUCUGUGCCUAUCUGUCAACGGUUGAUCAAGAAAGGGACCGACGUCAACCGGAAACUUGGGCCUUACUUUGGCACUGCCUUGAUUGCGGCAGCAUAUUGGGGUUAUAUAGACGUCGUCAAGUGCCUUGUUCAGGCGGGGGCUGAUCCAAACAUCCAUUUGAACACUCGAGAUUUCCAAGUCUGGAGUUACGACAGUGAUGGAGAAGUCCACUCUGUGGACGAAGACGACACCUAUCGGUUUGACGAGGAUGGUCCUGAUAAUGGCUAUUUUGACAGCGCUGUCACUGCCGCAAUUACCAACAACCACGCCGAAGUUACCAAAUAUCUCGUCAACGACGCGAAAGCCAACCCACACAAGAAACUGAUUUUGAAUGGCCAAGGAAAUCUUCUCGAGCUCGCAUCAACGAAUGGAAAUCCUGAAAUCAUUCAAUGCCUGAUUCGCGCCGGCGCAGACGUGAACAAACCGCCGCGAGACCCUUCAAAGGGAAGAAUCAUUGAUCGACUACUUUCACAUGGAGACUUGGGCACCAUUCGUUUUGCCAUCGAGGAAGCUGGUGCUGACGUGCAUGCAUCGGCACCAGGACAGCACCUGAAUGUACUUGGGAGCGUCGCUAGACACAGAAAGCUUGACAGUCUUAAAUACCUCGUGGAAAAGUGCCAUCUCGAUGUAAACCACGCAUCUGAUUGGGCUACCCCUUUGAUAUUAGCGGUCGAAGGCGGUGAUAUCAACUGUGUCCGCUAUUUAGUCGAGCAUGGAGCCGACAUCCACAAGCUGUCUGACAAUCAGCAGAUGACUGCCCUCAUCAAGGCAGUGAACGAGGGGCAACAUGAAUGUGCUCGCUAUCUCGUUCAACAAGGAGCUGAUAUCAACCAGCCAGUUCCAAAGAACUCGACUGGUAGUGCUUUGGCGGAAGCUCUUGAUUCAUAUCUCGUGUCUGAAGAGAUGGUAAUCUACCUCAUUGACAAUGGAGCCGACGUUAACCUGUUGGUCGACGGUCACAAUAAAACGCUGCUUUCGCGGGCCGCGCAGACAGGCAAUUUCGAGAUCGUCCGCCGAAUGCUUGAAAAGGGGAGUAACGUCAACCCAUCGGGUCGCGACGGGCCUCUGAUGAACGCAACAUCGGGCAAAAACCUGAAAUGCGUCCAGCUCCUUCUUGACAACGCAGCGGAUGUGAACCCGGUCGGUGAAAGUCCCAUUCUUGCAGCAGCCGAAAAUGACUGGCCAGAGUGUGUUCAGCUGCUCCUUCAGAAUGGAGCGGAUCCGAAUCCAGCCGGUGAAAGCCCUCUUGCGAGAGCAGCUUCUCAUGGAAACUCGGAAUGCGUUCGGCUGCUCCUCGAGAAUGGAGCGGAUCCGAAUCCAGACGAUAUGAACCCUCUGGCGAAUGCAGCUUGGCAUGGAAGCUCAGAAUGCGUUCGGCUGCUCCUCGAGAAUGGAGCGGGUCCGAAUCCACCCGGCGGAAGCCCUCUGGCGGGCGCAGUUUGGAAUGGAGAAUUAUCAUGCCUUCAGCUGCUCCUCGAGAAUGGAGCGGAUCCAAAUUCAGCCGAUGAAAGCCCCCUUGCCAAAGCAGCGGACCUUGGCCAUCUCGAGUGUAUUCAGAUGCUUCUCAAGCACGGAGCGGACCCCAAUCCAUCCGGCGUCUGUCCUCUGGUGAACGCAGCCCUCAAAGCAAAUGUGGAGUGUGUCAAACUUCUUCUAGAGGGCGGUGCGGAUGUUCACUGUCUUGCGGCGGCAGUGCUUGGAGGGUCGGUCGAGGUCAUAAAAUUAAUGUUGGAAGCUGGCGCAGAUGUCAACGCUCAGUUAUCCGAAGGAGAAUUCGGCAGUGCCCUGAGUUUAGCCGUCGGAAACGAAAAUGCCAGUGAGGCAGUAGCUCGCUACUUGCUCGAAGCAGGAGCGGAUGUGAACAUGAAGCUUGAAAAUGGCCGCUUUGCCAACGCACUUGCUGCAGCCAUACAGCACGACGAUCGCGACAUUGUCAAGCUACUGGUCUCGCAUGGCGCUGAUGUCCACGCGCAAUCAGGUUGCCGUGGGAGCAUUAUAGAAUUUGCAGUCGCUGACAAUAGCUGGAGGAGCAUCCCAGUCUUGCUGGAAAAUGGUGUGGAUGCCAACUCACCACUAACCGAGGAUCAGGCAUUCUAUGGCAGUCUUCUCACGCUUGCUGCGGUCUGCGAUAAUUCAAAUGUCAUCGAAGCCCUGACAGAAGGCGGGGCAGAUAUCAAUGCCGCCCCAGUCGGGGAAUACGGCUGUGCCCUCUUCGCAGCGGCCUUCUUUGGGAAGAACUAUUGCGUUGAGACACUAGUCGACGGAGGGGCGAAUGUGAACCUUCGACUGGAGAACCUGCACUUCUCCACCGUCUUGGAAGCCGCAAAAGCACGUAUCGGGCAAACGGAAUACGUGAAAGUCAACCCCCGAGCUGACUCAUAUGAUUUUGAGCGAUACUGUGGAGAGGAGUUGCCGAGGUCAAAGGUUGAAGUGGUCGAGUAUCUUGAGCAGAUCGGCGUGACAGCUUAG